AUGAUACCGCAAAAUCACUCACGAUGCCAGGAACUGGCCCAUCCAGACAUCAUCAACUUCGCCGUCUCCAUCUUCCUCGUCCUGGGCAUACUCGUCUCUUACCUGCCACAGCACUACAAGAUCAUAUCGCGCCGCUCCUCUCGCGGCCUGAGUCCGCUCUUUGUCCUCCUUGGCACAGUCUCGGGCACAGCGAGCAUCGCCAACAUCCUGACGCUGCCUGAGAGCACACAGGACAUGGCAUGUUGCAAAGAGAUUGGCACGUUCCCCUGCACAGCUGCACUCUUGGGCAUUGCACAGAUUGGCGUGCAGUGGACGUGUUUCUUCUUCAUCAUGCUCCUCUUCCUCAUCUUCUUCCCGCGCAACCCCCAGCCCUCGGAAGAAGAAAACUCACCCCACAGUCUCCCCACCUGGAAAGAAGCUGUCCUCGUCCUCGCCCUCUCCCUCGCCUUCUUCGUUGUCGCCCUCCUCGGCUCCAUCAUCUUCCUCUACGCCCUGCCCUCCCACACACGCGCCUGGGCAAACUUCCUCGGCCUACUAGGCACUACCCUCGCCGCUAUCCAGUACAUACCCCAGAUCAUGACGACCUGGAAGCUGCAAGAGACGGGCAGUUUGUCGGUGCCUAUGAUGUGCAUACAGACGCCUGGCAGCUUCGUGUUUGCCGCGAGUUUGGCAGCGAGACUAGGUCCUGGGGGUUGGAGCGCAUGGGGUCUCUUUAUACUGACGGGAUGUCUGCAGGGCUGCUUGCUCGGGUUGAGUUUGUGGUUCAUCUGGCGAGACAGGCGGGAGAUGAGGAGGAUUGACAGGGAUGUGACGGAUGCUGCCGAUACUGAAGAGACGCCGCUGUUGGCGGAUGGAAGAGAUUAG